AUGAACACCGUGCUCAAACAGGUGACGCCCCCGCCCGNUGUGCAGCUGCUGUUCGGGUGCCUGGUGACGCAGACGUCGGUGGUGUGCGGCGGCGGCGCGGGGGAGGGGCGCGGCACGGCCGACCUCACGCAGGAGCUGCUGGCGCGCCUGCCGCCGCCCUACCACGUGGCCGCCGUGGCCGCCGCCUACCCCGUGCAGUACCUCAACAGCAUGAACACCGUGCUCAAACAGGAGGUGAUCCGGUACAACCGGCUGCUGAGUGUGGUCCGCAGCACGCUGGAAGGCGUCCACCAGGCGGCCUUGGGGCUGGCCAUCUUGUCUGCCGAACUGGAGCUGUGCGACGCCGCCUUCGCGAAGGGCGUGGUGCCCUCCGUGUGGAUGGCCAAGUCCUACCCCUCCAUGAAGCCGCUGGGAUCGUACGUGGCCGACCUGCUGGCCAGAUUAAAAUUUCUCCAAGACUGGAUCGAUGAGGGUCCUCCGGUGGUGUUCUGGCUAUCGGGUUUCUACUUUACACAGUCAUUUCUGACGGGCGUGCUUCAGAACUACUCACGGCAUAAUAAAAUUCCCAUCGAUCAGGUGCAUUUCGAGUUUACAAUCACUCGAAUAGAGGCCGACGUUGAUGAAGAACCUGUCUAUGGAGUUUAUUGCAAGCAAGGAGCUCAAAUGGACAAGAAGGACCAGGCACAUAGUAUGUUUGUGUGGGGUCUAUUCCUGGAGGGAGCUCGCUGGAACCGAGACACAAUGCAGCUGGACGAGUCGUUUCCAAAAAUACUGUUUGACACAAUCCCAAUAAUUUGGUUUCAACCAGCCCUAAUAUCUAACUUCAAUCCUCCACCCUGUUACUUUUGUCCCAUCUACAAAACUAGCGAGAGGAAGGGAGUGUUGGCCACUACCGGGCACUCUAGCAACUUUGUCAUGUACAUAACACUGCCUUCAGACACACCAGAGAAGCACUGGAUCAACCGUGGAGUUGCUAGUUUGACACAACUUGAUGACUAACUUUAAUUUGGUGGAAAGCAGAUUCAAAAUGUUCAAGGAUCCUAGUAUUUUUAGUAGUUCAGCUAGCCAUUAAUUAUUCUUUGAAUAUAGUUAAUUCUAAUUCAUUUUUUUUUUAUUAAAAAAUUUUCAGAUUGUAAUAUGUUUACGGUCUUUACAAACAAUACACACCAUUAUCCACUUUAGAGGGUGGCACAGCACAUGUAAAAACACUAUUGAGACUUUAACUGCAUGUCCCAAUAUGGGUUAUUAGUAUACAAAUGUAACACAAAAAACCCACUAAAACAAUUAGACAACAUGUAUGAAGGUGUUUAUUCCUCUUUCACAACAAAGUUAUCUAUUAAAUGAUACAAAAAAAAGCCUGACGUAAUUAAUUUUCAUAACUAACUGGAAAGUAGAAAAUAUAAAUUAAUCUUGUUAUUGCGUGAAUGUUAGUAAAGGUAUUGUCAACAAGGAUGGGUAAAUUACACAACAUCAUCAUCAGCCCUCAGACGUCCACUGCUGGGACAUAGGCGUUUCCAAUGUUCUUCACGAUGGCCGGCCUGCACAAUAUCAAUACACAAAACAAUCGCCAAUAUUCCACAUUAAAUUUAUACUUACCUUUAUACUUGUUGCUACUCCUAUUAAGUUUACUAGAAUGCAUGUUUUUUUAAUUACUUUUUUUAUUGCCCUUGUAGGCAGACAAACAUACGGCCCACCUGAUGGUGAGUGAUUACCAUGGCUCGUGGGCUUCCACAAUGCCAGGGGCAGAGCCAAGCUGCUGCCUACCCCUAAUGUUGCUCUCAAAACUUGAUUUACCAGCUUUGUAGUAAAAAUUUUCAGGCAGAGAUAUUUUAUUACCACACAAGCUUGUAAUUUUAUACAUUUUUAAAAAACAUUACAACACAACUCAA